AUGGAAGAGAUGGCACGCCCAACUGCACCUUCGAAUCUGCCAGGACUCGUGAAAGCAGCGUUUACGAAGGCGAGAGCCAAUGGCGACCUGACGUACUAUCCCACGCAGGCCGCCAUGUUGACGCCGGGCUCUCUUGCAUUCCAGCUCCGUUUCUCCCCCUCGCUCGCAUCGAAGCCAAAAGCCCCCAAGCCCAAAGAGCCGAACGCGAAACCAUUCAAUCCCUUCGAGAACCCCUCCGCAGCUAUGCUGAUCGCCGAGCUCCCGCCGUCGCACAACCUGGUCCUGAACAAGUUCGCCAUCGUGCCGGAACACUUCAUACUGGCUACGAAAGAGGCCAAGCCCCAGACGCAUGUUCUCGAGAAAGAUGACAUAGACGCAGCCUAUGCCUGUAUACGAGCCUACCAUACCGCGGGACAGGAGCUAUUCACCUUCUUCAAUUCGGGAGAGCACUCGGGUGCCAGCCAACCGCACCGACAUCUGCAGCUUCUGCCCGUAGAGCGCAUGAAAGACGGUCUGGAAGACGCCGACCGCGGAGGCGAGUGGGACGUACUCGCAGACAGGAUUCGUGGGCGGAAGAAGGCACUGCCGUUCUCCAUCUUCACAGCUGCUAUCGAUGCAGAAAUGAGUGGCGAGGAGAGACAUGAUGCGUACUUGGCGCUGUACAAACGUGCCGUCAAGGCCACAAUAGCCAGCGAAGAAGUGCCCGAUAAAGGUGAAGCGAAGAUCAGCUACAACUUUGCCAUGACGAGCACCUCCAUGGCUCUGUGCCCGCGGACAGCGGAAGGCGCCUCCAUCCAGAACCGCAGUGACGAAGAAGCCGGUAGUGUGGCUCUGAAUGGCACGGUACUGGCUGGUACCGCUCUAGUCAAGAAUCAAGCGGAGUGGGACGCUCUCAGGGAGAAUCCUGACAUGCUCUUGAGCGUUCUCAGAAAGAUCGGGGUACCGCCGACGGACGAGUUGCAAGGCAAUCUUUGA